AUGAUAGUCACCCUGCUCGCGACCGAGACGCGGAAACCCACCGAUCUGGAAACCUAUCUCUCGCGAACACUCGCACUGGCGCUUCUCGCCCUCGCGGGGCUCACGGUCCUCCUGUCCGGCAUGUUACCCCUCACAAACGACCUGUCCCGAGCGAAAGAAGAAGAUGUUGUCGAAGGGAAGAUGGGAGAUCCCUAUGCGUAUCCGACUCUCGUCGUCACCACGAUAUAUCAGGCUCUAUCGGCUUUCUACCUGUACACGCAAAUCGCUUCCGCCGGCUGGUCUUUCGGCUUCGGAAUGGGCCUUGUAGCGACUUCUACACUCUUCUGCAUGGGGAUCUGGGUUCUGCUGUUUGCGAGUGAAAAGGGAAGGAUCAGUAAGAGCACAGGAGCAGAUAAACGGACGUCGAAUUUCCCGUUUACGAAUGAGACGAGUGCGAGGGAGAAGAAGAAGGAGAGUAAACAGCAGAGGAAGAGUCUCUCGAGUAAAUCGAGGUAG